AUGAUAUGGGACUACAAUAUGUGCCCUCUCUUGAGCGACACUAACCCGGAUAUUCCUCCCAUUCAAUUGCAGCAGGGCAAAAGUGAAGAACCGAGAAAUAUAAGGCGAUCAGAAGCAGCAUAUGGAAGAGUUGGAGAUGCUAUACAUACAGCGGUAUAUUACAUCCAUAUAAUCCUGAAACUCGCCUGUCCAUCCAUGGCUGACACAGCUGAGCUAGCACAUUCAUCAGAUGAGAAAUUUACAAACCCAAAUCCUCUCGACUUCCCUGUUUCUCUGUCCAUGAUAACUCUUGCUGUACAAGGAAAAAUUAUUAAUUUUGAAGGUGCACGCAUAUCUACAAAGUUAGCAUCUAUAAGAAAACUAGUUUUUCAAACCAGCAACUACUAUCCUAACGAGUGA